UUGUGGGGGCUUUUCUACCUUUUUAGAGUUUACCAGAGCUUCGUUUGUCGUGUGGUGUAGCCUUCCUUUUUUAAGGGUUUUCUUGAACGCGAGGACCCUUCACAGAUAUGCAGAACAGCGCAUACAGCAGAGCAGCAGAGCACGCGAAGGAGAAGAAGAAGAAGAAGGAGCUAAAGUACAACAACGACUACAAAUACGACACAAGCAACUGCUAUAACACCUUUCCUUGUAAAUGGUCUAUUAGAGGAGCUGCAUGCGAGCUUCUAAGCUAUAAAAUGCCGUUGAACUGCAAACCAUCCUGGUGUUCUUCGUUUUCUUCUCCUAUUACAGUUUCAGCAUUACGAAGAUCUCAUCAUUGUGUCCCACAUUGUUUCCUGGUCGAUUCAGGGACUUGGGUAUGGUGGUGUCGGCUCGAACAAUGUUAGGGUUGGAACUCAGGAAGUUACCCAGUUCGAGUUUUCGUGAUCUGGCAACUAGGUAUCGUUCAGAAUCGGUUUAACAAUGAAAUUGGGUUUGCAUCAAAAGGAUCUUGACUCUACCCCAGGGCAAAGUUUGGAUGGAAGUUUCAGGAGGUCUAGAUCUGGUGUCUCCCCUGAUAGGAGAUCGGAGGUUUCAACUUCAAGCAAGUUCAUUCCUGCUUCCAGAAGAGUGUUCAAGGGGCUAAAAGAUUAUUCAAGGAAGCUGGUUGACAUUGAAGCAUUUAGGCAGAGUCUUGAAGACUGGAUUCUGGAGAAGACAUGUUCCAGUUCUGCUGAGAGCAACCAAUUCUUCAAAUCUCCUUUUCACAUUGAUGAAUUGCGUAAACUUGAUUAUGCAUUAGAAGGUGUGUUAUUUCAGCAGCUUUUCCGUAUGCCCUACUCACCAAACGCUUCUGAUGAUCUUAAGGAAGAUGAGUAUCUUGCCCUGGAGGACUUUCUGCAUGCUGCUGUAGAAGGCUUGUGGCGCACCUUCUGGCACAAAUCUGGACCAUUACCAUUCUUUGUAUCUUGUCCCCGUCAUCCUGGAUCCAAGUUCUAUACUGUGGAAAGGGCAAUAAUGAGGGGAAGAAUUGGAGGGCUUUCUGGUGCAGCUUUGAUAGCCAAAACUGGGAAUGAUAUACAAGUUCAAUGGGACCAGGUGGUAGAAUUUACUCUGUUCAAACCCAACGUUGCUCAGGGAAAUGAGUUGGGUUUUUCUGCUAUGUCUAUCUGUGAAGCCCUGUUUUAUGGUUUUCAUAUACUUCUAUCAAGGAUUUUGAGCAAGUACAAUACUGUUGGCUGUGAUUAUGUUUAUCUGCUAGUUCUUGAUUCUAAAUUUGGUGGGGUAGUCAAAUUUGGUGGUGAUCUAAGCAAAUUAGAAGUUAACACAAGCAACCCGUAUCACUCUGUGGCAGAAUGGAUCAGGCUUCAUGCUGAAGUCACUGUUUCACCUGUGGACAGAAUAUGGAACAAGCUAGGAAAUGCAAAUUGGGGGGACUUAGGAACUCUGCAACUGCUUCUAGCAACUUUUUACUCCAUUGUUCAAUGGAAAGGUCCUCCUAGAAAGUCAAUUUCCGCAUUGGCUGCUGAUCACAGUCUUCGUCUUCACAAGCGAAGGGUAGAAUGUCGCCUCAUUGAGGAUAGCAAUGCACUAGUCUCCAUGCUACAGUCUGGCCAGAAAGUAGAGAUUGUCGAACUUGACCACAAUGACGAUCCAACCUUUGGAAAGCAAACAUCACGUUUGAAGCUUAAGCAUGGUGAAGUGAUGGUGUUGGAGGAUCAGCAGGGGCGACAAGGGUUUCGAAUACAGGAGACUCUCAUGGAAGGGAACUGUUUAUCAUACAGUGCUGUUUCUCUUGAACAUCAUGGUGAGCCAUUAACUGUAUAUGUGGGAGCUCAUCCAUCAAUGCUUGAGCCAUCUUGGGAGGAUAUGAGUCUAUGGUACCAAGUACAAAGGCAGACUAAGGUAUUGAACAUCUUUAAGCAACAGGGGAUUUCGAGCAAGUAUUUGCCUGAAAUCAUUGCCUCUGGUCGAAUUUUGCAUUCUGGUCCUUGUAAGAAACAGAGUCCAGGUGGUCGAUGUGAUCAUCCAUGGUGUGGGACCCCAAUUCUUGUGACAUCUCUGGUUGGUGAGCCACUGUCAUCCAUUAUUGCUCAGGAUGGACCAUUUUCCGCUGAUGAUGCAGUAUGCUGCUGCAGGGACUGUUUGUCAGCUCUGAGAAGUGCUACCACAGCCAAUGUUCAACACGGAGACAUCUGUCCUGAGAACAUUAUACGCGUUGUUGACACCUAUGGUUCCAGAACCAGGUUUCGAUAUGUCCCCGUAUCUUGGGGACGUGCAGUUCUGGAAGAUAGAGAUAGUCCUGCGAUAAAUUUACAGUUCUCAUCUACUUAUGCACUUCAGCAGGGGAAGCUGUGUCCGGCAUCAGAUGCUGAGAGUCUUGUUUAUCUCUUAUAUUUUGUCUGUGGGGGAACGAUGCAGCAGCAGGAUUCCAUUGAAUCAGCACUACAAUGGCGGGAAAGAUUCUGGGCCAGACGUUUAGUUCAGCAGCAGCUUGGUGAGGUUUCAGCUCUCUUAAAAGCAUUCGCUGAUUAUGUUGAUAGCCUCUGUGGAACCCCAUAUCCUGUGGACUAUGAUAUCUGGUUGAAAAGACUGAAUAGAGCUGUUGAUGGUUCAACAGAUAGGGGGAAGUUAGUUGAGGAAGUAGCAGUAACAAUGAGAUUAGAGGAUGUUGCAGAGUCAUCGGGAACUUCUGGUGGUUGUACUUCUUUUUCUUGCUAAAAAAGAAAUUGGCAUUCCUUGCCGAGGGUUUUGGGUUCCGUUUGUGUAACUUUUUGUUGUCGAUAUUCAGGCAGGUGGGAUUGAAUUGGGUUCUAAUCUGCAUUGUCAAUUGCAUUCUCUGCUGUAUUAUUUAUGUUAGUCUUUUGAUUGAUUGAAUUUGGAGAAUUAUCCACCGCGGAUGUCUACCCAUACCAGAAGUAUCUUUUAUUGUAUAUGAUUGG